AUAUCCUUUUUAAAGUGCAAUACAAAAACUAACAGAAAAAAGGAAAGCCAAAUAUCUAAAACGCAAAAGAACGAAGUGAAAAAAUCACACACAUUUGAUUUAAGAGGAUAUAAAAAAUGCUGCAUCAAGGCAUAAUCCUUCGCGAAGGCCAUAUAACACGAACUAUUUACAAUCUGAUAAAGGACAAACGCUAUGAGGAUGUCAUUGAGUGCAUUAUAAAUUUGGGCGAGGCAGCCAAUACCAGAGCCGGUUUGUCUACACUGGGCUAUUGUUAUUAUCAUGCCCAGAAGUAUGAAGAGGCAGCCACCUGCUAUGAACAGUUGUGCAAUUUGGUGCCCAAGGUGGCCAAAUACAAGUUCUAUUAUGCCCAAUCUUUGUAUCAAGCCGGUAUAUUUGUGGAUGCCUUAAAAGUUCUGAAACAAAUCAGCGAUAAUGUAGAACUCAAGGAGCAAUGUUUGCAAUUGCAGAGUGCCAUUCUCUAUUCAAGUGAAGAUUAUGCCGGAGCUCAGAGUGUUUUGAAUCAGCGCAGUGGUGGCACGGCGGAAACCCUCAACGACGAGGGGUGUCUCCUCUAUCAAGCCGAUCAAUAUGACAGUGCUGUGCAACGAUUCAGCACGGCCUUGCAAGUUGGUGGUUUCAAUCCUCUGAUAGCUUACAAUUUGGCCUUGUCACAUUUUCGCAAGAAGGAGAAGACCCAGGCCAUUGACUAUACUGCUGAAAUCGUGGAACGUGGCAUUAGAAAUCAUCCGGAAUUGGGUAUCGGAGCCCAAAUUGAUACCGAUGGCAGUGCUCGUAGCGUGGGUAAUCCCAUAACAAUGGCUCUCUCCGGCAUAACACAGGCUCUCAAUUUGAAGGCAGCCAUUGAAUAUAAUGAUGGAAAUGUCGACGCUGCCAGAGAUGCUCUUUUGGAUUUACCACCCCGAGCUGAGAGUGAAUUAGAUCCGGUUACAUUACACAACAUGGCCCUGACCGACCCUCAAGGGCCUGUGGCAGGUUUAAGGAAAUUGGCCUUUCUGCUUGACUUGGGACCACCGGCCUGUCCAAAAGAAACCUUUGCUAAUAUUCUUUUGAUCUGUUGUAAGCAUGAGCUGUAUGAAACGGCAGCCGACAUUUUGGCUGAACACACCGAUUUGACCUACAAAUAUCUGUCGCAGUACCUCUAUGAACUAUUGGAUGCCUUAAUAACGGCCCAGGCCUCGGCAGAAUCAGCUGAAAAGAAAUUGGGAACAUUGGCCUCAAGUUUGGCCGGAAAGCUGCGAAGUUUGGCGGCUAAGGUUCAAGAGGUGCGUUCCACCACAGAUCAGAAUGCUUUAAGGACGGCCCUGAAAGACUAUGAAAAUGCCUUGGAAUUAUAUUUACCCGUGGUCAUGGCCCGCGCAUGGAUAUCUUGGAGGGAUGAUGAUUUUGUUGGAGCUGAACGAGAAUUUCGUUCCAGCGCUGAGUUUUGUUCGGAAAAUCCCAUAUGGCGUUUAAAUGCUGGGCAUGUUCUAUUUAUGCAGGGUGAUAAGUACAAGGAGGCAGCAGCAUUCUAUGAACCCAUUGUGCGCCAGCAUGGCGAUGAUAUCAUGUCUGUUUCGGCGGCCGUUUUGGCAAACCUUUGCGUCUCCUACAUCAUGACCUUUCAAAACGAAGAAGCUGAGGAGUUGAUGCGCAAAGUCGAAAAAGCCGAAGAGCUCAAGGGCAACCUGGGCAAGCAGUAUCAUCAUUUGUGCAUCGUGAAUUUGGUGGUUGGCACCCUGUAUUGUGCCAAGUCGAAUUAUGAAUUCGGUUUGUCACGCAUCGCCCAUGCCCUGGAGAAUGGUUCGGGUGCCCGCCUCUAUGCCGAUACAUGGUUACAUGUGAAGCGCUGUAUUUUGGGCCUUCUGACGGGAAUGGCGAAGCAGAAUAUCAUAUUGGCAUAUCCAUCGGUGCAGGAAGUUAUGAGCUUUUUGAAAUCGUGUGAAGUUAAUGGCAUCUUUACACCAGCCAACAUUUACAGCGCAUCCGAUGAAGUGCCGGCCGAACCUUUGACCAUUGGCCUGGAGGCGCGUAAAUUGCGUUUGUUGCUGCUCAAAUUAAGUGAAUACGAGAAUGAUUAAAACACAAGUCCUUGUAAAAGGAUUGUUGGUUUUUUUUAUUUUCAAAUGUUUGUUGUUUUUAUUAAUUAAUUAUUUUAUUAUAAUGAUUUACAUUUUACGCGCACUACACUUUCGUUAACAAAAUGGAAGGUAACAAUACAAGAAUACGACAUGUAAGUGGUUUAUGAAUCGGAUCUAGUAAUUUGAUAAACAACAGAGUGUUAUUGCUUGGCUGAGUGUUGUUAAUAAAUGACUGUAUGUGUGUUUGAGUGUGUGUUUGCAUGAAUUUAUUACAAAAGAGAAGAAGAAUCGGAAAUAAUAAAGUUUUACAAAAUAUAAAAUCGAUGAGAUUUUAUUGAGUUUUCUUUUUUUUUUAUAUUUUUUGAUGAGUUGGAUAAUUUGAUGUCGAUUAUAUAUAGGAAAGAGUGAGUAUACAAUAAAUGCCAGUAUGAAAUGGUAUUCAGGGGAUUGAGAUGAUGGUCUAUCUAUGGUGGUAUUCCAUAGUAAGAGGAUUAUCAAAGAGAUUUGCACACCUUUCUUUUUUUGGGUUUUUUGCUUGAUAUUCAAUUCAUUA